CGCCAACCAUACUCCCCAACCUUACACACCUUUCAUAGACCCCUAGUGAUUGAAAUAAUUGAAAUAAAACACGCCAACCUGCAAACGGGAUACGCGCCGUAUCUCCGACUACUGCAAUAAUCAUAUCCGAGCGAUACUUGCGCAGCCGCAGCCCUCGACUAGCCGCAACCUGCUGAGCCGCCAUUCGACGCUUCCCACUCGACAUGAAAUACCGUGACUGCGAGAUAUACAUUGCGUGCGACGGCCGACCGCUCGACGAAUACGACGUACAAGUCGAAGGCAACGUCAUUGAAUGCUACGUAGCCAGCGAAUCUGGCAAGGUAUUCGAGAUCAAGUGCAGCAAUCUCUCCUCACACGCUUUGGUAGUCAAUACUGCUGUCGACGGCCGGCGAUUCUCUAGACCGAUCUCCUUGAGGCUGGGCAGCAUGAAUAAAUCGCACUUUUGCGAAGACGGCGAGGGUGGGUUGAGGUCGUUGAUGUUCUCAAACAUCGCCAUCACAGAUGAUGACAGUGCCCCGAAGAAGCUACCGUGGGCCAACAACUUGGGCCUCAUCGAGGUGACCGUCGUCCGUACAAGGAUCGAACACACGUUACCUUGGUCGCCUGUCACCGCGAACAUAGAGAACUUUGGGCCUAUACAUGAGACUGUUAAGAAAGGUGGCUUGCAUUGCGUUUCAGUCGGUCCGAGAACAGUCGACCCCAAUCCCGCAAGGUCACUCGUGCACGUCACCUACAUCGACCAACUUUCUGCACCGCACAUCAUCUUCAAGUUCAAGUACAGGCCUCGAGCGAUUCUCCAGGCACAAGGAAUUAUACAGCUAGACGCAAUUGAGCCGCAGCGCCGCAGCGCAUCUGAGGAUCCACACGCCGCGCGAGGUGUCUCGCAGCCUUUACGGCCGGACCGCCCGCAAAAGAGGCCUCGGAGAGAUUCGUCAUCUUCAGUGAUAGAUCUCACUGACGAGACGGUGGUUAUCAAGCCGCCUAAAGUCAAAAUUGAGGAUGGUGACAACGCAGAGGAUGCGGCCGCGCUCAGGGCACAAAUCCGGGCGCUGCAGCGGAAACUCAAUCAGAAGAGGAUGCACAAGACUCAAGUGACCGUCAAGAAGGAAUCGUCGCCCAUCCAGGCCGGUCAAAUGGAUGAAGACAUCAUCGACUUGACGGAGGAUUGAUUCGUCCGAUCGCGUCAGCAUGCCAUUUGCGGACUGGCGUCGAGCGAGUCAAUUUCUCGGGGCAAUCCAGCCAUUCCAGUGUCACAGUUCAGGUGGCUGCCGAAAGGGUGUAUGGUUGUGGUGAUUCUUUCGGGUUUAUGGGACCAUUCGAGUCAUUGAGAUGUAAUGCGCUAUCGGUUUACAACGCGAAUCGGAUAGCAGCCUGGUUAUUCUCGAUGCAGGAUCCUCAGUUUCUUUCGGCAUUAGCUGAUAGCCUCCGGGUGAAUGUCAUAGGGCGCACGCACCUCAGAAGUAAGUAUACAAUGUGCGGAUUUGAAGAUGUAUAACGCGUGCAUAGGCUCGAGCGAGUUGCGGAGGACGGGGAACAGUACUUCCAGGCUGACGAC